AUGCCCUCCUCCUCACUAGCAGAAUAUCUCGCCAAAAACUACCUAACAGCCGAUCCAUCCACCGAGCGCCCGAAAAAGAAACGCAAGAAGACCAAAGCCCUCGACACCGCCGGGGACGGCCUCAUCAUCGCCGACGACGACCCGCCCGAUCUACGGACCUCGGCGACGAAUUUCGGCAACGAGGAUGACGAGGGGCCAAGUCUCGUCACCUCCGCCCGGAGCGCGGAGUUCCGCCGCACGAAGCAAUCGAAUUGGAAGACGCUGGGUGGUCCGGCGAACGCGAACGCGAACGAUGAGCGGGACGCCGCAGACGCGAUUCUAGCCUCCGCCGCGGCGGAGAGCGCAGCUCGUCGUGGCGAAGGAGGCGAAGGCGACGACGAGGCGCCUGCUGUCGUGGAGGACGCUGAUGACGAAGCAGGGCUGCGGAUGGAGUCCGGUGCUCGGGCGGGACUCCAGACGGCGGAGCAGACGGCGGCGAUGGUGGCUGCACAAGAACGACGGAAGAAGGCCGAGGCGGCGCGGCAUAGAGAGCGGCCGGCGGAGGCGCAGGAGACGAUCUACCGAGAUGCGUCGGGGCGGAUCAUCAACGUUGCGAUGAAGCGGGCGGAGGCGCGGCGGGCGGAGCAGGAGAAGCGCGAGAAGGAGGAGGCGGCGAAGGAGGCGCUGAUGGGCGAUGUGCAGCGGGCGGAGCGGGAGGCGCGCAGGCAGCAGAUACAGGAGGCGCGGGCGAUGCCGCUUGCGCGGACGAUCGAGGACGAUACGCUGAAUGAGGAGCUGAAGGCGCAGCAGCGGUGGAAUGAUCCUGCGGCUGGGUUUUUGACGAAGACGAAGGGGCCCGGCGCGAGUGUGACGGGGAAGCCGCUGUAUAAGGGGGCUUUUCAGCCGAAUCGGUAUGGGAUCCGUCCGGGACAUCGGUGGGAUGGGGUGGAUCGGGGGAAUGGGUUCGAGAAGGAAUGGUUUACAGCGAGGAAUAAGAAGGGCAGACUGGAAGCGUUGGAUUACCAGUGGCAGAUGGAUGAGUGA